CGGCCGCGCGGCGUCGCUCUCCGCGUAUUUGAACGGCGCUUCCGCCAUCUUCCCAGCGCCCAGUCACCGCGGCGAGAGGCGCGCAGAGCAGCCCGGCGCAGACCCAGCAUGGCCGCCCAAGGAGAGCCCCAAGUGCAGUUUAAGCUUGUCCUGGUUGGUGAUGGUGGUACUGGCAAAACAACGUUUGUGAAACGUCAUUUGACUGGUGAAUUUGAAAAGAAGUAUGUAGCAACACUGGGUGUUGAAGUUCAUCCUCUGGUGUUCCAUACCAACAGAGGUCCCAUUAAAUUUAAUGUAUGGGACACAGCUGGCCAGGAGAAAUUUGGUGGCCUGCGAGAUGGCUAUUACAUUCAAGCUCAGUGUGCCAUCAUAAUGUUUGAUGUAACAUCAAGAGUUACUUACAAGAAUGUACCUAAUUGGCAUAGAGAUCUGGUACGAGUAUGUGAAAAUAUCCCAAUAGUGUUGUGUGGCAACAAAGUGGAUAUUAAGGACAGAAAAGUCAAGGCAAAAUCCAUUGUCUUCCAUAGGAAGAAGAAUCUCCAGUAUUAUGACAUUUCAGCUAAGAGUAACUACAACUUUGAGAAGCCUUUCCUCUGGCUUGCUAGAAAGCUAAUUGGAGAUCCUAACUUGGAGUUUGUUGCCAUGCCUGCUCUUGCACCCCCAGAAGUUGUUAUGGACCCAGCACUGGCAGCACAGUAUGAGCAAGACUUACAGAUUGCUCAAACCACUGCACUGCCAGAUGAAGAUGAUGACCUGUGAGGGAUGAAGCUGGAGCCCAGCGUCAGAAGUCUAGUUUUAUAGGCAACUGUCCUGUGAUGUCAGUGGUGCAGCGUGUUUGCCACUUUAUUAUCUAGCUGAGCAGAACAUGUGCUUAAUCUUUGGGAUGCUGAAAGAGAUGAAUGGGCUUCGGAGUGAAUGUGGCAGUUUAAAAAAAAAAAAAAAUCUUCAUAUUUUGGACCUGCAUAUUUAGCUGUUUUUUGGACUGCAAUUAAUUCCCCUUUGAGUUUCAAAUAUAAGACUGCUGCAGUCACAUCAGAGUAUUAAGUGGUAAAUCUUGUUUCUGUCAUUCCCAUUCUUUUUUUGUUUAGAUAAUAAAGUUGUAUUUCAAAUAUCUCUAAGCAAGUGAACUUUCAUGCAUUGUUAGGAAUAAUUAUUCCAAAAGUGUCUUCUGUUCUUCAGUUGAAGCUAAUACUUCAUUGUCUGUCUGUCUCCUUUCCUCUUUUACAAACCUUCUCCCCUCCCUUAUGCUGCUCUAACAAAUCAGAGCUCAGUUAACCCAUUCCCUUUACUUCCUGGAGCCUGUAACUUCGCACCUGAGGAGAGCUGAACUAACUGUCAGGUAAAGCUCAAGCAGUGAAUGGUUGAUUGGUAAGUGUGACUGAAUCAACAAGUCAGCAUAAACUGUCCCAUAUGAAUGGGCACGUUUAUGUAGUCUGCAGGGUUCCCUGAGUAGUUCAGCUUGCAUAUGCUACCUUAAAUAUAUUCUCUAAAAUAUAACCUGCAGUGUGUUCUACAACCUGCCUUGAGAGCUCUGUAUUUUAUUAGCCUGAAACAGUAUCUAAGUCUCUUAAGUGAUGUAAAAGCAGUAUCUUUGCAUGGAAUGCCAUUCAGUAGAGCUGUAGCUGAAGAAACAAAUUCUACUCAUCUUAAAACUCACUAACUAGAGAAAGUUGUAGUUGAGCUAAAAAGAUCUUGGCUACAAAACAGCAUAUCAGCUAAAACCACACUUGUAUAAAUAUCAAGACUUUACUGUAACUGCACCAAGUUCUUAAUUUGAAACUCUAGCUUAUUACAGCACAAAUGGUGGGAAAUGUCAACUUUUAACACUAUCUUGUAGAAAUUAAUCUU